UUCGCAGCCACGACCCUCUUUACCUUCAAAUGAUGAGUGAGGAUGAAUGGAGCAACAAUAGCUGCUUAUGCGUAAAGUCUCUAUUUCUAGCCGCACAUACUGACGCAUGUGAGCGCACUUUGGAGUGCUACACGUACGUGAGGACAGUAGGUGGACCGGAGCAAAUGAUAAUAAAGAAAGAGAACGCAGACUUUCGAGUGACAGCCACGGAUGGUAUUACAACAAUCCAUCUCUGGACAAUAUUCAAAAAUCAGCCAAGAAAUAUCCGACCAAGUGCACUUGCUCACACUUGCACAGUUCAAGUGGCUGCUCAAGAUUGCUUACUUGUGACGUAUAGUCCCUCAGACAAUGGUAUGCAACACUGCCUCUUGUGGGGGUUAUCAAGAGAGCAAGUAGACCAGAACACUACAUGUUAUAAGAAUAUUACGUCGGUGUGUUCCGUAGAAAUGUAUGACAUGACGGAAAGUGCAAAGAAUGACCCAUGUCAGCAGUUUGAUCGGGAUGAAGAAGAAAUUCAAGAAAAAUAAGAAAGGAACAAGAAUCUGCAUAUCAGGAUGGUGAUUAAAGUGUUGUAA